CUGGCUUUGAACGUUUUUUAUAUGAAAGAGGGCAAUACAAGGAAAAAGUAAAAUUUUGUGCUAAGUUUUGGGGGUUUUUCCUUGUAUAUGAGCUAAUUAGUUGUGCAUGUUGAUGCUGUCUUGCUCGGGGAAUUAGUUACGGUGGUAGAAGUGGUUGUGUGUCUAAAUUGACACAAUAACUAGGAACGUAAAAAUGGUUAUAGUUUAUAGGGGUCUCACUUGAACUGAUUCCUUAAUGGAAUAGAGAUGCUUGUUUUCUUUACAGAAGACUGUUAGAGUUGAUCUUUCUAAAUGUGUUCUAGGAUAACUUAAGUUACCCUGCAUGUUUCCCUCCCUUUACCCCAGCUGAUAGGAUAAUCUGUAGUUUCAGUCAGAAGAGAUCGUUUUUUUUCCUGUAGAUUGCCUUGUUGUACAUACUUUUUUUUUUCAGAACCCCCUGCAAGUGUUUGGCUUAAUUCCUAAUGCAUAGUAACUUUAGUAGGGGAUUGUUUAGAGUAUCCUAAUACUCAUUAAGUAUUUUGCAGAAAUGUUAAGAGUUUCCAAAAGCAUUUCCUACUGAGUGAAGAUGUUUUCUUUUAAUCGGUGUAUACAUUUUUAGUGUUCCUACGAAUAUUUGCAUUCCAUAGAUAAUUUGCACUGUCUUGCAUCUGUCCUUUUUAGUGGUCACCAACACUGUUAAGCUCUUUCAUGCUUCUACAAAUAGCUGUUUCUUGUUCAACUGUCUGCAGGUUUUCAGUGUCUUCUCACUGCUUCCUUGGAAUAGGCAAGUUGGCUUCAGGUGCCUCUUCUUUCCUGCUGAAAGAAGGGUUAAUCUGCUGCAAACUUCUGCAGAUCACCUUCUGCAGCAGCAAUCACAGGGAUGAAUUACAAUCCUUUUCCCUAAAAUUCAAAUGAAUUUUUUUAUAACUAUCCUAAUUUUCUUCACUUAUUUCAACUCAUCAUGACACUGAGGCCAAGAUGUAGAAAUGUUAAGUGGUGUUUUUGUGAUUCAUUGAAGAGACUGUGGAAAGGUUCCCCUUCUAAACUGCCGCUUUUGAGAGGCUAGUAAUUGCUUUUUAUUGUUGCAAAGGGCUCAUGCUUUCUUGUCUUAAUUGCCUGUGUUUACAUUAGUAACUUUUAAAGUUACUUGUAGAUUUGAGACCACCUCAUUAUCAGAAAAAUUCUAAGUUUGCUGUGAAAAUUUCUGUCUCUGUUUUAUCAAAGUCCUUCCAUAUAACUUAGCAUAAAUCAAGAGGUGCUCUUCUGGUUUCUUCUCCUUCUGCUCUUCUCCUGCAUUCUCAUCAAGCAGCAGCCUGAUCUAGUUUGUGCUGCAGAUUCUUAAAUAGUGUAAUGGAGGGAACAGCAAAUGAAUGUACGUGCGGGUGGGGAGGGCUGCUAAUGGACAAGAGGUAGUUUAUACUCUUAAACGAAAAGUGAAAACAGAGACAAAGAAAUAAGAGUUGUUUAGCCUGUUUAUGCAGACUCACCAAGCACAAGAUGUCCUGUUAAUAUGUGGAUCUCAGAGCAGUCAUUAAGCUCUCCUUGACAGCUAUCCUUCUUCUAGGGAAACUAAGAGUGAGUAGUGUUUUGUUCUGACAGGCAAGGUUCUUAACUAAAGACAUGCCUCUGGCCUUUGUGUGCAUUUACCCAUAAAGGACUUUGGGACGUUCAGGCAGGCUAUGUAAUAGUUUUUGCAUAUGCUAAAUUGAACAGUCUCUGUUAUCUCUUAUUUACAGAUGUUUUGAGUGUACAGAAAUUAGCACUGUGCUUUUGUAUAUGCUUCUAAGGUACUUGACCAUUUGAAAAAAAAGUGUCCUUCAAAUUAACACUCCAAUAAAGAUAAAAAUCACAAAAGAAGAAGCAUAAAGAAUUGCAUCUAUUCCAAUUAUCAGUAACUCUGCACUUAAAUUUUCUUUAGACAUUAAAAUUUUGUUUUGCUGAGUUGUGCUUUUUAAAGCAAAAUUCAGCAUCUGUGUUGUGCCAGGUCUUACCUUUCAGUGAGUGCUCAAAUAUUUUUUUUUUUUUUUAAUUUAACUUGUUUGGCAACAGUCCCCACAGACAAGAAACAGCUUACCCUUGUUAAAAUGCAUUAAUUACUGUUGUGAGUCAAAGUGGAUUGAAUAAAUCCUCCGGAAAGAGAACAGCUUUGUUACAAGCAGAGAACAAAGUUCUGGUUUAGACCUUUGUGUCUGGAAGAGAUAAAGAACGAUGUAUGCAGCCAGAGGUGGUUCUUGUUCUGCAAUUUGAUGUUAGGAAAACAAAAUUUCUAGCAUUUGCUUAUCCAAAUGGUGAUGUAUUGUAUUUAUUGCAUUGUAUUUAUUGCUUUCCUUGCACUGGAAAACAGGGUAGAAGGGCAAACACAAAAUAAAUACUAAGGCAUGCUGUGCAGGUUUUGUGGUAUGUAAGCCUCUAGGAGAAUCUUCAGGAGCACGUUUACAUCUCUUAGGACUUUACCAAGGGCAUUGUGUCACCUGUGACCUUUGAGGCUGGAGACAUCUCAUGGUCCAGUUUAGGUUGCCUCUGAACAGUGAUAACAGUUGAAGUAACCAGAUGUGUUUAGUUUCUCCUGUCUUAAAUUCAGAUGUAAUCACCUUUAUAUGAUAAUACUGUUUAGAAGUACAUAAUGUAAUUGCAGCAGGCAUCUGUGCAGUGAUUUUUUAAAUGCAGUGUCUAUAAAUAUAAUUAAAUUAUGUAUAUAAAACCUAUAUUAAAUGAUUUCCCACCCAGCAGUGACCAGGAUGUGUAAGUAUGAAUUGAAACAGGUGAUAGAAGGACUUUAGUCAGGAGUCUAAUGCACUAAACAUUUCUCCCUAGCAUCUGUACGAUGCUUGUGAGGUGGUAAUAAUGGUUGAAAGCUUACCUGUUGUGUCACCUGCUUGGUUCUGUCACAGCACUGCCAGGAUCCAGACUCAGCCUGCAUUUUCAGCUGAGCAUGAGUAGUUGAGUAUAUUGCACACCAAAAUACCUGCGUUGAAAGGAAAGUUAGUAGGCCACUGUGGCUAUUGCUUAGCAAGUCUUCAUCUUGCUAGUACCACUAUAUUUUCUAAAGCUCUCAUAUAAAAAUCCGCUGUUAUAAUUGGAACUGUUCUAUGGCAACCAGAACUAAUUGCAUAAACCAUAUGGCUUUUGAACUUGUGAUGUCUUUUCUCUUGAAAACAAAAAAAGCCUACUUGCCUCUCUCUGCUAGGCAAACUUUACUCAUGACUUGCUUGAACUGCAGCUAAUUAGAAACUGGCAUUCAGUUAAUGCAAUAAACAGUGUUUAAGAGUGUUUGGGUUUAAAAUCUUAUCUGUGCUUGAUGAGGAAAAAGUAAGUUUAUAGAAAGAUAGAUGGCUGCCAUGCACUGCAUGUGAGAGAGAACCACUCAGUUUGUUGAACUGAACAACUGUGUCUUUAGUUCUGCUUCCUUUCAACAUUAUAAAGAGAGCAGAUUUACUCAGUCAAAGGUUUACUGUUAUUGUUCUCCUCUUAAUAUGAAUGUAUUGUAAGACAAACUUUUCCAUAGUAGGUAUAGAACCCUGUUUCCUGAACAAAAUGGUUUUAUUGGUUUUGAAUGCAGUAACUUUAAGCUGUUUUAAUAACCUGAAGUGUAAUACUGUCUCUGAGGCUAAUAGUCAAAACCUGAAUUAGCUUUUGGGGAUUCUUUAGUAGUUCAAUAUUUUAAAAAUUUUUGGGGGGAGGGUGGAAGAAAGCUCACAGCUCAAAUUCUGUGUUUAGCUGCUGUUUUAGUAUGGUGUUACAGCUGAAAACGCGUUUUGGAAAGUCUCUCUUUUUUUUCUAGAAUGUAAUUAGUCAUAUUUAAUACUACUUUUAGGUCAGAUAGAAGUGUAAAUACAAUGGUAAAAAUGCCAGUUUUCCAAACUAGGUGUAAGAGAGCAGUCUCUGCAGCCUUGGAAGCAAUAAAAUGGUAGAACUGGUAGAGCAAAAACAUUUUUGAGACAUAAUGGUUUUUUUAGUCAAAGAACUGACUUGCACACUGAUUGCAAGUACUGUAUAGAAUGCUUCAAUUAGGAUAAAUGUGUUAUGCAAGCUGGAAGUACUUCAGCUGACAGGUGCUCUUGGCUUCUUUUUGAGAAAUGCUGCAGUCUUUAAGAGGACAGUUAAGUAUCCAGUUAGCGCACUGAAGUCCUUACAAGAAAGUAAGCUGUUCUAUUGAAGUUUUCUAACCAUAGGCUGUAGCCUGUGGUUCACAGGAAACAAUCUGUGGGGUCACACCGCUUUGCUGAGAGCCAUAGAGAUCCAAAUGCAUCAUCUUGUGCACCUCACUAUAGUCUCUGUAGGACAAGAAUGUUGGAGACUGCUAUUUUAAAGCAGUCUUCUUAAUAAGGCUUCUCUGGACUUAAAAGAAGUCAGUUGAGACCUCCAGAUUUUAUUAAUGUAGAAAGCAGUUCGUCAAACAUAUUUGCGUAUGAACAGUUGAGAGCUUCAGAAGUUGUUAGUGUUAGUUUUGGGUUCAGACCACAAAGAAUGGCGUGCAUACUUACACUUGGUAUCAAAGCCUCAGUGUUUUGCAUAAAGAGGUGAUUGAAGGUCAUAAUUAACCUAAGUUAGAAAUAAAGACCAGACAUGAAGUCAGCUAAGCAUAAGGAUUUUGGUAGCAAACUGUCUUGAAGAGUGACUUGCACCAUUUUAAAACGGGAGAAGUUUUCUCGCCUCAUUUGUCGGCAGCUCAAGCAAGCGGCUCCGGGCUCUGGGAGUGCAGGUUGCUCCCAGAGGCUGGUUGUGGACACCACAACACCUUCUGGAACCUAAGCCUUUCUUUUUAUCAAGUUUAGACUUAGCUCAUCUGUCUGUGGGUAGGAUCUCUUUACUAACAGCAGUCUCAAGCUCUGGCAGUGGUCAGGAGCCUUUCUCUUUGUUCUGUUGUGGUUGCAUUUCACAUCUGGACUACCUGUAAUCUGCAAAUGGCCUAUUAGCUUUUGUGGUAUCCUUCUAGCAUUGUUCAGUGUAAUUCUAACUGGAUUUUCAGUGAUAUUUUAGUUAAAACAAAGAACGAUAUUCUUGGUUACAAAAUACUCUCAUGAAAAACACUUGCAUGUUUUUUCCAGUUAUUGCACUUGAUAAAUCCUUGACUCUACUGCCAAUUGUAUGUGCAGUGGUACUUUUAAACAGCUGUUGCAAGGAAGCUUAGUGAAUACCAUCUGCACAAGAUUUUCAUUUACCUAAUUUUUAAAACCCAGGAUUUUGAGAAUGGAAUUAAUUCUGACAUAGUACUUUGUCAUCUUUGUGUAUUUUUUUUUUUUCCUGUGGACUGGGAAAGAUGUGUAAAGGGAGCUGUAGUGCAUGAUCAUCUUAUGUGCUGAUGGAAAAUAAACUCACUGUAUUUCUUUACUUUCCUCCUCAGUCUUGAAGAUUUAAAAAAUUGUUUUGUGAUAUAGUUUCUUUUAGGCAUGGUGCGGUACAGAAGGAAGUUGCCAUGGUAGAUGCAGGGGUUACUAGACUGCAUUAUCUUUUAAGUCUUCUUAAAAAUAAGCAUCUUAUUUCAUGUAAGAAAAAUAAUUUUACAACUGAAUUUGUUAAGAUUAGAUUGGAAUUGCCUCAAAUCCAAUUAAGCCACACUGCAUGGACGUGCUGGGAAUAUAAAUGCAAAUACUGUAAAUUUGUACAAACUGAUUUGUUGCAUUAUCUUGCUAAUCUAACAUACAGUACUUUUUGUGUCCAUAUUGCAGACGGCAACUCCAAACUAACAUGGCAGUCAGACUGUGUGAUGUGGCUUCUCUGCUUAGAAGUGGUUCGUGGGCAGCAGAGCCUUGGACUGGGGUAAUUGCUGCCAUGGAAACACAACUGUCUAAUGGACCAACUUGUAAUAACACAGCCCAUAGUUCAGCCACCAUAAACAAUUGCUCAUCACCAGUUGAUUCUGGGAAUGCAGAAGACAGCAAGACCAAUUUAAUAGUCAACUACCUUCCACAAAACAUGACACAAGAGGAACUGAAGAGUCUUUUUGGCAGCAUUGGGGAGAUAGAAUCCUGCAAGCUUGUCAGGGACAAAAUAACAGGACAGAGCUUGGGUUAUGGUUUUGUGAACUACGUUGACCCCAAGGAUGCUGAAAAAGCUAUCAAUACCCUGAAUGGAUUGAGACUUCAAACUAAGACUAUAAAGGUUUCUUAUGCACGCCCAAGUUCAGCUUCUAUCAGAGAUGCAAAUUUGUAUGUUAGUGGACUUCCAAAAACAAUGACUCAGAAAGAACUGGAACAGCUCUUUUCCCAAUAUGGACGUAUUAUUACUUCUCGUAUUCUGGUUGACCAAGUCACUGGGUUGUCACGGGGCGUGGGGUUUAUCCGGUUUGACAAGCGAAUUGAAGCAGAAGAAGCUAUCAAGGGCUUGAAUGGCCAGAAACCUCCAGGUGCCACAGAGCCCAUCACUGUAAAGUUUGCUAACAAUCCAAGCCAAAAAACCAAUCAGGCCAUUCUUUCCCAGCUGUACCAUUCUCCAAACAGAAGGUAUCCCGCCCCUCUAGCUCAGCAGGCUCAACGUUUUAGGUUGGACAAUCUGCUCAACAUAGCUUAUGGAGUAAAGAGUAGGUUUCCUCCAAUGACCAUUGAUGGAAUGACCAGUUUGGCCGGAAUUAAUAUCCCUGGACAUGCAGGAACUGGGUGGUGCAUUUUUGUGUACAACUUGGCCCCUGAUGCUGAUGAGAGUAUCCUCUGGCAAAUGUUUGGACCCUUUGGAGCAGUGACCAAUGUGAAGGUCAUCCGUGACUUUAACACCAACAAGUGCAAAGGUUUUGGAUUUGUGACUAUGACAAACUACGAUGAGGCAGCUAUGGCAAUAGCCAGCCUGAACGGAUACCGCCUUGGUGACAGAGUACUGCAGGUCUCCUUCAAAACAAACAAAACGCACAAAGCCUAACCAGUUAUUCUCAGUGCAUUAAUACAUGAAAACUAUACAACAAAGGCGAUUUACAGGAAGCUUUAUGCAUUAGUAAAUGCCUUUGUUGUAUGCCAGUGUGGAAAUGGGGAUAAAAUGACUACUUAGCAUCCUAAGAAUAUGUGAGAUUUUUUUAUUGCUACUAUCUGAAUUAGAACUUCUUAACUAUCUUUUGUGUUUGAGUAUUGACAAGAGGUACAGGGUUUUUACCUGUCACAAUGCGUAUUCUAUUGCCUUCUUUGAAGAAGGUGGACCUUGUAAAAUGUUUCAGCUAAUGGAAGAAGUUUUUUUUCUUUAUACAUGACUGCCUUUAAUCUAUGAGUAAAUAGCGAGGCUUUGUGUAAUACUUUAUUUUUUUUGUCAUUUCUUGAUUUACUUUGUUUUUAAUUUACAUUGUAAUGCAAUAUUGUUUUGUUGUUCAAGAAAAGUAUCUGAAGUUUACAUUUUAUUUAUAAUGUUAUAAGCAGUAUUUAUUUCAUCAUCUUCAUUUGGGUUGGGGAGUGGGAACACAUUAUAAAAGCUUAUUGUAAGAAUACUGGAGAACUUUUCGUAAAGCAGUACCUUGCCAAAGAGAUAAGAGCCUCUUUGAUGUGGGUUUAAAAAAGCAUCUAUUUUUAUAAAAAAAAAUAAAAAAUUUGGAGAAACUUUUUACUGGUCCUGGAACAAAUAUUUUGACUUGAAUACUUUGAGAAAUCUCUUCGUAUGACAACUAGUGAGCUUUUAAAACUUACCAGGAAAUUUGCAAUUGUUGGGAAAAAAUUUAGAAAGAUUUAUGAUGUAGAACUACUUUUGAGACCUUUGUGUUAAGAAGUAAAGUCAGUGGGAUGCACUGUUGGUUUCAUUUUUUGUAAUCAUCAGUGGAGUCAUUGAUCAUCCUGGUUAUUAAGUGAUAGGUGGCUCACUUUAAUUUGUGAUUUUGAAGCAAAUGAAAAUUUAAAAAAAGAAUAUAAGAGCAAGCAGAAAACUUAAAACACUGAGAUAUGGGGGAAAAAAAAUCUGUUCUUCCUAAAGAAUUCCCUUCAGAUAGAGCUCAAGGUGUUUAGUGAUGUACUUGCUAUUGUUUGAAGAAUUGUUUUGUCUUAAGAAAAGACAUCAAGCAUGAUUUGUGCAGUAGCAAAUCAGCUGAAGUGGCCUGAGUUGGGUGCAUUAGAAGGUAUUUUGAAAGUUAUGUUCAAGGCUAACACCUGAGCUUUGUGUAAUGUAAAUAAGAACUUAAGUUAUGAACCUUUCAGCUAAUUUUGGUUAUAGUUUUUUUUGAAAGUUACAUGCCAAGUGAUGUUCAAUUUUGAAUGUUUUUGUAUAAGUUUUUUCUUUGUAAAUGGCAUUAACAUUGUUACUUGAGGUCUGCUUCUUUUCUUUUUUUUUUUUUUUUUGUCCUGAGGACUUGAAUUUACAGUGCAUCAGAUCUGUUGCUAUUUUUGUCUGUAGAUAGUCUAGCUUCAGCUGUUUAUGGUGAUGCAACAUUUUUGUUUAUAAAUAUGUUUGUGGUAAAAAAAACAAAUAUAAACAUAUGUUUUGAACAGAUUUCCUUACAUUUUUCAUAUGAAAACCAUAAAUACCUGUAUGCUAUUGAAGUUUAACUUUGUAUGAUGCUUAAAUCACUAUUUGGGGAAAUAGAAAAAGCCUUUACCAUGUAUUGAAGAAAUUUAAGGAAAACAAAUACAGAAUAUUUUCUGAUUAGCAUCUAGCUUAUAAUUAAAUUUUUAAAAAAAAAGCUGAGGGUUUGAUGCCUUCACCAGGAUGCACUGACAACUAUGUAGUUACGUCCUGCUUUUUGUAUAAACUGAGAUGCUCAUAUGCUUCCCCUUAGAAAAAGCAAUGUUCUAUGCAUAACAUAGUUGUACACUAUCUUUGCAGUUGUUUUCGGUUCUUCUUCUUUUAAAUUGUAGUUAUAAAAUUUUCAGUAUAGUACAGUACAUAUACUGUGAAGCGCGUGCUAAAGUGAUUAAGCAAGUUUUCAUGCUGACCCACUCAAUGCUAUUCAAAAAUCAAUUGGCUUCCUGAGUACUUCUUCAUUCUUAGGUGCAUUUAGAUUGUUAAAGCUAAUCCUCUGCAUUAAAAGUUGUAUAUAGUAUAGAAAUCACAAACUUUCUGAUGUGGGAGAAAUAGUAGCUACAUGCUUCUUUCCUAUACUACUGUAGCAACUAAUGGCAUUGAUGAGAAGGCAUGUAAAUUGGGCUUCACUUUACAGUGUUUAUCAGAGCACUUAGUAAAAUAUAAGGCUGGUAUUUAUUUGAAGUUGUAUAGUAUGACUUAAUUCACAUUUGUUGGAAUAGAGAAUAUAUUCUGUUGGGUAUUUAAGAGGUUGUACAUGUUUUCUUUUGUGUUUGGAUUCUUUGUACUUUUUCAUGUUCAGUACAUCAAUAAACAAAGUUGAA